AUGGCUGCGGGCGGCGGCCGAGCUGCCUGCACGGCAGCCGAGCCGCCUCAGCACGGCUGGGCUGCGGCUUCGCUCUGGCCAGCGCGACGUGCCCGACGGGCCGCUGCGCGUGCGGCCGACCAGGGCAAGCUGCGGGCGGCGCUGGGGCGCGUCGCAGCGGCGGCGGCCCAGGCGCUGGCGCUGGCGGCCCAAGGCUCAGCCCAGCUUCCUAGCGAGGCGCUCCACCGCGAGGUCUCCGAGAGGCUGGCGCUGGCGGUCCCCGUCCUCCUGGAGGUGCUGGCAGGCCCGCAGCGGGCGGCGGCCGACACCUCUUCGGCCCCUCGGCCGCCUCCUGGGCCCUUGCGGCUUGCGGGGGCGGGCGAAGGUGAGCAGGGGGGCGGGCAGGCAGCGGCGGCCGCCAGCGCUCACCGAGUCGACGACGCCCAGAGCAUGCCCCUCAGCGGCGUGCUACAGGGUGCAGGCGACGGUGUUGGCACGGCCGCGGACGAGCCUACCCGGGCUCAGGCAGGCGAACGGUGGGGCAGCGGCAGCCGUGCGGGCAAGCUCGGCACGGUCGCGGCCGCGGCGCUGGUGUUCGCGCACGGGCUGCUCUUCCUCUACCUCGCUCUGCUGCUGCAGCCUCCCAUGUGCGGCAGCGAGGCGCGUGCCGCCUGCGAGGCGGCCCCGAGCGAUUGGACGGUCGCUCGGGCCUACCGCGGGCGCAGCGCGCCGCCUGGCGCCAUCUUCGCGCUGGCCGAGCGCGCGAGGCGGGCUCCAGAGGCGAGGCCGCUGCCCUUGGCCUCGGGCCCGCGCUGGUGGAAGUGGAGCGUCGAGGACUGCGGCGCAGUCGGCGUCGGCGGCGCCUCGCACGGCGCCCACUUCGACAGCGAGGAGGCGCAGAAGGCUCCCGUGGCGGCUGCGCCCAUGGGGCUCGACAAGCACAGGCAGGUGGUGCUGGAAGUUCACGUAUCGGACGACGGCUUGCUCGGCCUCGGCGGCGGCGGCGGCGACGGCAGCGCGGCGCGCAGCCCUAGCAGCGACGGCUUCGGCGAGCACCCUGCCCCUCGGCCUUCUGAAGGUGGUGCUGUUCAUCCUCAUCGCCUCCCUGAUCCUGGUGCGGCGUGCAGCACUGCCUGCACCUCCUCUCCUGCUGCUUUCGUGGACCCCUCGAUCGUCGCGGCGUACUUGCUGGCCAACGAGGCUGCCGUCCUCAGCGGUGGCAGCGAGAUGGCCGCUGGCGACAUCGACGGCGAGCUCAGCAUGCAGGUGGGCGGCUCCCGCAACCAGGACGGAAGCAGUGCUCUGGCUUCGGAUGCCGUGGCGCACGGCGGCUUCGACCUCUCCCCGCACUUCGGCACGGGCGACGGCGCGGAGGAACCCGCGCGUGGGCCCAAGCGGCUCUUGGCACUGCGCCGCCACGUCUUCGAGGGAACCGUGGCCCUCACGGUCGACCGUGACAUUCGGAGGCCCUGGGGCCUGGCCGGCGCGGGCUGCGGGCUCGAAGCGAGCAGUGCCGGCGCUUCGCCGCUGGUGGCAGUCACCAAGCGCGGGUGUGCCCGCACGGACAAGCAAGGCCGCGCCCGGCCCCGGGACGGUCUCGAGCAGGGCGCUCCCCGAGGCCCGUCGGAGGCCACCGAGUGGCUGCGAGGCCGCGUGGGGCGUAUUGUCGUGAACUCGCCGGCCAGGACAACCGCGCCCGCGUUGAGCACCCCGCGGCGCGCUCAGCAACAGCCCGCCUUCAUUACGGCACCCGCGCUGUGGCUCUCGUUUUUCACGAGCUUCCACGACGCGUCGUCUCUCAGUCUCGGCGAGUGGAUACUUUUCGCCCUUCGCGUCCUGGCGGUCCUGCCGGGUCCUGUGUGGUGGGUCAAGGCCGCGUUCGAUAUCGAUUUCGAUGUCGGCAGGUGUUCGGCGCUCGAGAUACGCUGCAAGAGGACCAAGUUGCUGGACGGGGCGCUGGCGCGCCUGGCGCGCAUCGGCGAGGACCGGCCCGGGCUCGCGACGUGCCCCCCCGCGCUGCGCCGCCCGCCGCCAGGGCGCCCCGAGGCUGGGUGGUUCUUCCUGGCCGAGCACGCUGACUGCGCCGUCCAGAAGUACCUCGACGAGGUUGGGAAUGCCGCCUACAAGACAUUUGUCGCGCCCCCGUGCGCGAGGUACUUGGGCUGGCUGGGGCGCUUUGACCCCGAGGCGCUGUCCCUGCUGGCCAAGCCCGCGCCGGCCGUGGCCCUCGCCAUGCAGCUGCAGGUGGAGGCAGUGUGGGGCUCGCCCAAGGUGGUCCACGAGGCUGAAGAGGUGGACAUGACGCCCUCUGACUUGAUCGAGGCCCUACUGUUCGGCGCGUGGCUGCGCGACGCAUGGUCCGAGGCGGCGGACGCGAUGUCGAGGCACCGGGAGGCCGAGGGCGACCGCCACUCCUGA